AUGAAUUUCAAUACGAAACAAGGGAAAACCGCGUCUCUGAGUCAGAUCAUCUUCGAUCAGUACAGCUGUGAUGGGAGCAUGUCCUUUGAGCAGUUUCAGUACCUGUGCGAGGACAAAGGCUUUGGCGGCAUCGAAGAAGAGGAAUUGGGCGCAGCCUUUGUUCGGAUGUCAGGAAAAUCCAAGGGCAUUCAGUAUCCCGAAUUCCUGGACUGGUGGAAGACGCAAGACGACCGGCAGACCGGCCUGCGCUUCCGUUCCGAAGAAGAGAAAGAAAUGGUGCAACGUGCCAAGAAGUCUUUCUUCCAAGGCACUGGUGGAUGCACUCGCAUGACCCGCGACGAUUUCCAGCUGAAGUGUUACCACGCAGGCUACUGCCUGAGCGAGGAGGAGUUGGAAGAAGCCUUUCGGGAGCUCGACAAAGAUGGAUCUGGCGAAAUUGAUUUUCCGGAAUAUUUGCGAUGGCGCCAGGGCGACAAUCGAUUUGCACAUUUGCUUCAUGAUGCCAGUGAUGAACAUUCAGACUACAUCCGACAGGUCGGGGACUUCUUCCGCGGCUACGACUGGGAGCUGAAAGGCUAUCUCUCGGUCGAAGCCUUUCGACCGCUCUACGACAUCUUGGUGGAACAGGGUGAAGUGACGGAGUGCUAUGAGAAAGUCAUAGAACAGGUGGACACCAAUGGCGAUGGCAAGGCGAAAGAGCAGAUGUUUGAAGCAGAGGUGACAUUUUCGGGCACCGGACUCAACAGCUUCAUCGAGAGCCAGAAGCAGGCAUCGGCAGCGUAUCGAGGCUUAGAGAAGACUGAAAGCGACAUGGCACCUGACACGAUUGUCGUGGAAACAGGGGUGAUAGAAUUGGCAUUGUUGAAGGAGCGAGAGGCUGAGAAGGUCGUGGAGGAGGAGCCGAACGCGCCAAGUCUGGUAACCUUUGGCAAGGGCCUUCCGACGGGCAGCGCGGCCACUGGACAGGCACCGGCAUGCGUUGCGCGUGCUGCGCCAGCCGUUCCGCCAGGGAGCCCGGAGCUCUGGCGUGCGGUGCAUGUGGGCGAUGAACAUGUCGUGGCGCGGCUGAUUCAGCAAGGCUUGUGCAAUGGCCUGCAGAAAGACGCCUCCGGGCAUUCGGUGCUGUGGCACGCCAUCGCCUUUGGACAUUGGGGUCGCGGGAACCCGGUGCUGAAGACGGUCCCAGAUGGAGACGGAGAGCGACAGAGCCUGCGGCUGCCGGAUUCAGGACCAAUGGAGAUGGAUGAGGAUGAUGAGGGAGCCUCGAUCCCGAGUUUGGAAUCCAUCGUAAGGGACUUGGAUCGUUUGGACAAUGAAGAUGCCAAGGCCGCCGGCAAAGGACGGGUCCGAGCCGAAGCUUCGCUGGUGCUCAGCUCCAACCCGCAGUUGCGGAGGCAGCCGGGCUCCAAAGGCUCCAAAGGUACAGCUUUUCCGGUUACAGCUCCGCCUAGAGGUGGCAAGGGUCGCACCGCAAAGAAGGAAGGGGGCGUUUUCGCUGGACUCUUUCGAGAGGAGACUUUGGAGUCUGAGCCCAGCGUUGAGGUCCCCCGGCAAUUCGCAGUGUCGAAGGCCGAGGUGGAAGAGGUGAAGCAAAGCUACGGUGCUGCAGCGACUGCAGCGCGCACAGCAGUUCCUGUUGCCCAAGCUGUGGCGCAGGUGUCCCGUGCCAGCCCACUGAAACUGGGUGACGUAGCAAGACUUCAAGGUUUGUCUGGCUUCCUGUCGCAGCUGAACGGACAGCUGUGCAAAGUGGAGGGCCUUGAUGAUGAGAACUGCUUCGUACGGCUGCCGGGCGGAUUUCUGGAGGUGCCGAAAGAGCGCUUCGUCCACCGUCCCGCUGGCGAACGUGCUUCCGAAAAGCGAAGGAAAAAGCGGAGUGCUUCGAAAAAUGUGGCGAAGGAAAGCAAGAGGCCCUUCUCGAGUGAGACCGCCACCAUCUUCAAAGCGCUUGCUGAAGCAAUGCCCCACGCGCUCUUUACAAAGGUCAAUAUGGCCGGACAAAGUUUCCUGGCCUUCGCUGCAGCCACACAAAAUUUCUGGGUCCUUCGGCACAUCAGCUUGCGAUACCCAGAGCAGAUGAAGGUGCUCAUUUGCUCGAAGGAGGCGCCCUUGCGAUUUCUCAUGCAGAAGUUGCCCGCGCCCGUGCCGCCGAGCUUCAGUGCUGCCGAACGCAUCCCGGAGCACGUCGCUGUGUCAGCGCUGUUAAGCCCAGAUGCAUCAGGCCGUGUGCCUUUCGCAGAUGUGGCCUUCGAUGUGAGCACCACAGGUAUCGAUUCAUUCUCCAGGUUCUUGGCGCAUCGUGUGGUCGUUGCCUCACAGAGCAGCGUGCUCCUGCAGGCAGAAGUGUGGAAGUUGUCCAAGAUGAGAAAUCUCUUUGGGUGGAAAUGUGGUGAUGGCAUAUUUCAAGUCGGAUAUGCUUUGAACAAUUAUGACCAGAUUCGCUGGCGGUCAGAGAUUGAUACCAGAUGCUGGACAUGGAAGCGCACACAGCGAGCAUUGAAGCCCGAGGCUAAACGCGAAGAGACGCCACCUGCAACCUCCAAGCAACAGGCAGACUCUACGCAUCAGGCAGACGAGAAGCAACAGGAGGCAGGCUUUAAGCAACAGGCAGCUUCUGAGCAUCAGGCAACCCAGGCAAAUUCUAAGCAACAGGCAGCCUUUGUGCCGCAAGCCGUACGGUUUUGUGAUGAAAAUGUGCCAUUGCUACAACUGAACGAGCCUCAGUCGGUGCCACUAUGGGCCUUGAAUAGUUUCCCAAACAGCAAACCUUCCAUCGACGAGGGGCUGCUGCAGAAGAUUCUACUUGAUCCAGCUGCAGUGAGGAAACUGCCGCCAGUGGAUGCCAUCCUUCAUCGUUGUGUGGAUGGUAGGCAUGCCUUGCUGUGUCCAGAUCACCGGCGACUUCUGUUGCUUCGUUGUGUUCAAGCUGUGCAUCCCAAUGUGGCGAUCAAGAUGAUGUGCAUGGUGCGUGCCGUUGUGGAGACAUCCUUUCUGGGCAAGUGGGUGGAUCAGGACCAGGGCCUUAUGAUUGUGACUGUUGGGAAACAGGUGGAUUCAUUUGUGCUGUGCUUCGAGAGGAACGGCAGGCGGAUCCACAACAUCCCUCUGAGGCUUGAUAGUCAUGGCCGGUGGAUGUGCGAAAAGGCCAUGUUGCUACACCAAAGCACGCGCGAGCAGAUUGUUUGGCAGUCAGCUUCAGGUCGGCAGUGGAUUUGGUCCCGUCCUGAGGAGACUCUCUUGGUGCAGCGGGUCAUGAGAUUUUGCGAAACGCUUCCAUUGAUGGAAGCUUCAAAGGAACCAGUUCUCGUGCCAGUGCGGGCCUUACACUUCAGCAAGGAGAAGGAGUUGAGCAAUGCUCCCAUGCAAGAGUUGCCGCAGGAGGGAAUCCGCGCCUGUGUCUUUCAAGUGGAUCGACGCAUCUCCAAGGAAGUUUGGAGGACCUUCACGGGUCAUGUGGAAAGGUGA